CUGUGUCGUUGGGCGUAUUGCUUUGCAUGUUGAAGGCGGAGCAGCUACAGAGGAUCUAACGUUACACGUAUUGGUGAUACUUUUACAUUGGAAAGGGCGACACCACCCUGCUAACCGUAAACUAGCUUUAAUAUCUAGACAUAAACACCACCACUCUCUUCUGUGAGACCUGCAACGCUUCACGUCUAACGCUCAUUACCAGGCAGACAUGGCUGCUACUCAAUGUGUAACCAAGGUAGAACUGACUGUGUCCUGUGAGAAUCUUCUGGACAAGGACAUCGGCUCAAAGUCUGACCCCAUCUGUUCCCUGUUGAUGAGCAGCACUGACUCCCAGUGGUAUGAGGUGGGACGCACUGAGCAAGUCCAGAAUUGCCUGUGCCCAAAGUUUGCAAAAAAGUUUGUCAUCGACUACUACUUUGAAAUAGUGCAGAAACUGAAGUUUGGGAUUUAUGACAUCGACAACAAAUCUAUCGACCUGAGUGACGAUGACUUCCUGGGGGAACUGGAGUGUACGCUGGGCCAGGUUGUGUCCAGUAAAAAACUGACCCGACCCCUUCUCUUGAAGAAAAAAUCCCCUGCAGGAAAAGGGACCAUCACAAUCAGUGCAGAAGAAAUCAAAGAUAGCAGGGUGGCCAAUUUUGAAGUUGAAGCAAGAAAACUUGAUAACAAGGAUUUCUUUGGGAAGUCCGACCCUUACCUGGAAUUCUACAAGCAGACAGCAACUGGAUGGCAGCUGGCUCACAGGACCGAGGUGGUGAACAACAACUUGAAUCCAACAUGGAAACCCUUUCGAAUCACCCUGCAGUCUCUCUGUGGAGGAGACAUGGACAAACCUAUAAAAGUUGAGUGUUAUGACUAUGACAACGAUGGCUCACAUGAUCUUAUUGGAACCUUUGAGACCACGAUGACACGCUUCCAACAAGCAUCGCGAUCCUCUCCAGCAGAGUUUGAAUGCAUGAACAGUAAAAAGAAACAGAAGAAGAAAGGCUACAAGAACUCUGGUGUUGUGAGCGUGAAGUUAUGCCAGGUGGUGAAGGAGUAUACCUUCCUGGAUUACAUUAUGGGAGGCUGUCAAAUCAAUUUCACCGUGGCUAUUGACUUCACAGGCUCCAACGGGGAUCCCAAGUCUCCUCAGUCCCUGCACUACAUCAGUCCUCAGGGCGUCAACGAGUACCUCUCUGCCAUCUGGUCUGUGGGCAAUGUUAUCCAGGACUAUGACAGUGACAAGAUGUUUCCUGCAUUUGGCUUUGGAGCCCAAAUCCCUCCCACAUGGCAGGUUUCCCAUGAGUUCCCUCUCAAUUUCAACCCGUCAAAUCCAUUUUGUACAGGCAUAGAAGGUGUGGUGGAGGCCUACAGGGUGUGUCUGCCCCAGGUCAAACUCUACGGUCCCACCAACUUCUCCCCCAUCAUCAACCACGUGGCCGGCUUUGCUAAGCAAGCCCUGCAGCAGACCACUGCAUCACAAUACUACGUUCUGCUGAUCAUCACUGACGGAGUGAUCACGGACAUGGAUGACACCCGCAGUGCCAUCGUCAACGCCUCUCGUCUGCCCAUGUCCAUCAUCAUCAUAGGAGUAGGGGGGGCGGACUUCACUGCCAUGGAGUUCCUCGAUGGAGACGAUGGACGUCUGCGCUCUCAGACCGGCGAGACCGCCAUGCGAGACAUCGUCCAGUUUGUGCCAUACAGGCAGUUUGAAAAGGCGCCCAGCCAGGCUCUUGCCCAGAGCGUAUUGGCCGAGUUACCUCAACAAGUGGCCUCCUUCUUCAGUUUAUUCAAACUGAAGCCUCCCCGAGAUCCUAGUCCUUCAUAGGGGCUCCUCGGGAAGCACUGGCAAAGAGUGUGUUGGCAGAGGUACCGGGUCAGCUGGUGGAGUUUUUCAAUAUCAUGAAGCUGACUCCACCCAAAUCCAGUCCUGCACCGACCCCUGCACCGACCCCUGCACCGACCAACUGAUGCUUCAAGGAAACUAACAGACAUCUCCUGCAGAUUUAAAGCAGAUCCCAGCUUCAGCUUGAACGGCAAUUAGACAUAUUUCCUUCCUACACUUUCCUAACUAAACCUUUUUCUUUCCACACACAACACAUUUAACACAAGCACUCCACACUAUUGACCAACCUGUGUUUUUUUAAGUGUCAAAAUAAACCUAGCUUUAGUUAGAUAUUAGCAUCCAUGUGGUAAUUUUAGCUGUUAUUCAGUUCAAGUGCAACUUAAAAAUAAAGAACAAACCCUAUCAUUCUUACUUUUAAAUAAUAAGUUAUUGGGCAGGGAAUUACUUAUGAAAAUAGUUUUAAAACUAGUCAUUUUAACUGCACAAAGAUUUAACCAUUCAUUGUUUUUACAAGAUACAUAUACAAAAUACAUUCACAUUGCAGAAACAUUAUAUUUUUUUAAUUCAUCAUGAGAGUGCAGUUUACUUUUAUGCCCGUUUGAUGGUUUCAGCACCAGACUAAAAAUAAUGCUGUUAAAGGCAUUAAGAUGACCUUUUAAUUAUGGCAUCAACAAAUGCAUGGGAAACUGGUGUGAUAGUAAAACAUAUCACACAUAAUUUGUAUAUCAUUAGCAAAAUACCUGCUGCACUACUAGUAUAAUCGUGUACAUACAGUAUUGACAAGUAGAUAUGUAGACGCUGCUGUUUUGGCACAUAGAGAACAUAUUGCCUUAAUGUUCUCUGAUGCACAUGCUUCCCUAUGCACUAUGAGGUUUUACCUAAUGAAUGCCAAACUCUCUGUAGUUAUAGACCUGUGUAAACCAGAGCUAUUUAUACCUUUAAGUAUGAAACCGAAAUAUUGUGAUAGCUACAAAAGUAGUAGUUCGUUAUGAGGUAUUGUGCCAGUCAUCACUCAGUUAUUGUAGUUUACCAUUAUGCCAGUUUGUACUUUGACUUCCACAUUUAGAUUAGCAAAGACACCAUUGGGUCGUUCCCUUGACAUGGACUAACAAGUAAGGAUCUAUUUUUCCAACGAUAUGGCCAUCAACCUUUGAUUUACUCUAGGUUUUAUCUUUUUUCAGUAUUAAUCAUUUCCACCUGGAAACUAGAUACAGUACUGCUUAAUGUAAUCUUUGCAUGUCAAGUACAAAACUGUCUGUUACAAUUUAAUUGUUGUACAAUGAAAGCUAUAAAUAAGCAUCCGAUGUAUCAGCUUUAGUGCUCUAUUAGAAAUAGAUGAUGUGCCUUAAGUGUUUACAUGCAGAAAGUGCACCCCCCCCCCCCAAAAUAAAGCAGCUGUUAUACAAUACAAAU